AUGGGCUUGGGAAGGAAGUGCCAGAGCGCUUCUUGGGCACGGAGAGUGAACGAGCCCAUAUUGGCAAUGUGCUCCUUCAGUCAAUCGGUGACCCAGAGCCCGACAAUCAUUAACGGGAUGGAGUUUCAGUCUGUCACCAUCACCUGCCGUUUCCAUCCUCGUAGCACUUUUACAAACCGUUUUCAAACUGGACGGUUCUUCAGGGUGACCCAGUCCGGGUCAGAGCGGCAGAAGAUCACUAGCGGAGGACGGUUUGCUGUGAGAAACAAAAGAAAUGAGAUGACUUUCUCGUUGGAAAUUCGGGAUCUGAGAGUUGAGGACAGCGCCACCUAUUACUGUCAAGCUGAGUACAGUACUGACUAUGAGGACGGAGCAGGGACGACAGUAACUGUCACAGCUGAUUCCAUUUUCCCGGGGUCUCAGAGUCCUGUUCAACAAUCUACUGCUGGCGAAAUCGUCACUUUAAGCUGUGAAUAUUCCGGGUUCUGUGCUGACACUCUACACUGGUAUCGGCAGGUCCCAGGGCAAGCACCGAUUUUCCUGCUUCAGAGACACACUUCAGGAGAGCAGGAUACGGAAAAGGCAGCGGGAGGACGAAUUUCUGCUUUUCUUGAUCCUGGAAAGAAAAUCAGCCAGUUAACGAUCUCCAAAGUGAAACAGAGCGACGCAGCUGUGUAUUACUGUGCACUGACUUCGCGCACAGCACGCUGA